AUGUGGAUCAACAAUCAGAGCUCACUAGAUGAUUUUAUCUUAUUGGGAUUCUCUGACCAUUCAUGGCUGGAGACACCACUCCUUGUUCUCUUUCUGGUUGCCUACAUCUUUGCCCUAUUUGGUAAUAUCUCCAUUAUCCUAGUUUCUUGCCUGGAUCCCCAGCUUGAUAGUCUCCUGUACUUUUUUGUCUCAAAUCUAUCCCUUCUGGAUCUCUGCUAUACUACCAGUACUGUUCCACAGAUGCUACUCAAUCUUAGGGGACCAGAAAAAAUCAUUAGCUAUGGUGGUUGUGUUGCUCAACUCUAUAUUUUCUUGGCCUUGGGGUCUACUGAAUCUAUACUUCUAGCUAUCAUGGUCUUCAACCAUUAUAUUGCUAUUUGCAAGCCCCUUCACUAUCCAGUCAUCAUGAACCAGAGACGCUGUAUCCAUAUGUCUGCUGGGACCUGGAUUAGUGAUUUUGCUAACUCCCUUGUCCAGUCCACUCUCACAGUGUUGGUCCCAAGAUGUGGACAGAGAGUGAUAGAUCAUUUCUUCUGUGAAAUUCUUGCUCUUUUGAAACUAGCCUAUACUGAUAUUCAUGUGAAUGAGUCUGAGUUCAAUGUGCUAGGGGCUUUACUACUUCUGGUACCACUCACCCUCAUCUUGGGCACUUAUGUGCUCAUUGCUCGGGCAGUAAUGAGAAUCCACUCAACUGAAAGUCGCUGGAAGGCCUUUAAUACCUGUGCUUCACAUUUGCUGGUGAUUUUCCUCUUCUACUUUACAGCCAUCAGUAUGUAUGUGCAGCCUCCCUCUAGUUAUUCUCAUGACAGAGGGAAGAUUAUGGCUCUCUUUUAUGGAAUUAUCACACCUACACUCAAUGCAUUUAUCUACACAUUGAGGAACAAGGAUGUGAAAGCUGCCCUGAGAAAGACACUGACUAAGGAGUUUUGGGUCAAGACAAGAUGA